AUGUGCAUCGAACCUGGGAAAGAACAUGCCACCAGCCAGAUCAGCAACGUGGGAACUGGGAGGAUCUCUGUGGUCAGCAGCGGCUACAAUAUCCCCGAUGACUGCGGGAUGCUGGCAGCAAACGCGGCUGCGUGUGGCUACGGCUCCCUGGGGAGACGGUCCGGACGGCACAGCUCCCCAAAUGGAGGAUUCAGCUCCCGGAGCGCUGGGAUCCACCCCAAAAGAGUCAUUAGCUCGGUGGCCAAGCAAUGUGUCCCAGAGGUGUAUUGUCAAGCUGGAGGAGUCAACUGUAAAAAUGGGGGAUUCAGCUCCCGGAGCGGGGGGUACCCAGCCCGCACUGUCAUCAGCACGGGAAAUGGGGGCUUGAAUGCUAGGAUGGGGGCUUGCCAAGCCGCUGGGGUGGUCAGCUUCGGAAACCAAGGCUGCGUCGUCAGGCAGCUGGGAGGGUCUCCCGUCGUUGUUGCAAACAGCCCUGAAGUCGUGGGGUGCAACAACGGCGUGGUGGGGAACUACGGGGUUGUCAGAGACCCGUGCGUCGUUCCCGGCCGCAGCGGGGUCUACGGCGGUGCCGGCGUCGGACGAUGCGGCGUGGCUUACGGCGGAGGCCGCUUUGGCGUGGGCACGGUCGUGGGGUUUGGUAACUGCGGAAGCUACGGGGGCCUGGGCAGCUACAGAGGUCUUGGGGACGGCGUGGCUAUCGGAGGCUACAGCGGCGGCAUUGGCAUCGGCCUCGGCGGAGGUAGAUCCGAAGGGAUUCGGGGCGUCAGCAUCCACCCGGAGCUCCUCAAGCCCCUCUGCGUGGGGGUCGACCCCGAGGAGUGCCAAGUGCGGACCCAUGAGAAAGAGCAGAUUAAGAACCUCAACAACCAGUUCGCCUGCUUCAUCGACAAGGUCCGGCUGCUGGAGCAGCAGAACAAGGUGCUGACCACCAAAUGGGAGCUGCUGCAGCAGUACGUCCUCCCAGCAUCCAGGAGAAACCUGGAGCCCGUUUUUGAGAACUUCAUCUGCAACUUGAGGAAGCAGCUGGAGUGUGUGCUGGGGGAGCGAGAGAGGCUGGAAAAUGAGGAGCGGUGCCUCAGGGACCUGGUUCAAGAGUACAAGUGCAAAUAUGAAGAUGAGAUCAACAAGCGCACGGCUGCGGAGAACGAGUUUGUGGUCCUCAAGAAGGAUGUGGACUGUCUCUACCUGACCAAGGAGGAGCUGGAGGUGAGAGUGGGUCUCCUGCGGCAGCAGCUGGAGUUCCUGAAGUGCAUCUACGCCGAGGAGAGAGCUCAGCUGGAUUGCCAGCUGUGUGACACCUCCGUCAUCGUGCAAAUGGACAACAGCCGAGACCUGGACAUGGAGGGCAUCAUCAAAAGUGUUGAGUGCUGCUACGAGGAGAUUGCCCAGAAGAGCAAGGCUGAAGUGGAGGCUUUCUACCAAACCAGACUGGAGGAGCUCCACAGCAGCAGGGGCAAGUUCUGCGACGACCUGAGAAACAACCAGAGCGAGAUAGCUGAGCUGAACCGGAUGAUCCAGAAGCUGCAGUGUGAGUCGGAUAACGUGAAGAAACAGAUCGCAGCUCUGCAGACGGCCAUCUGCGACGCCGAGCAGCGGGGCGACUGCGCCCUCAAAGAUGCUCGGCAGAAGCUGAUCGACCUGCAGACUGCACUGCAGCAAGCCAAGGACAAGAUGGCAUGCUUGCUGAGGGACUACCAGGAGCUGCUGAACGUCAAGCUGGCCCUGGACAUUGAGAUUGCCACUUACAGGACGCUGUUGGAAGGAGAAGAGAGCAGGUAG